AUGGCUGUUGCAGAGGAGUCUGAUGUGGUCCUCGUGUUUCACAGUUAUCUCAAUGUGACACCGCUGAAGCUUAAAGCAGGUGAGAUUCUGCACUGUAAGGAGGGUAAAUUUUCGCACAACGACAUCAUCGGCAAACCUUUUGGAACCUAUAUCCAAGGUCAGAGUAACAUCAAAGACGAUCCUCACACACCCUCUAUCUUAGUGUUACAGAAUAGUGCAGACAUGUGGACUCAGGCGGUCCCGCAUCGGACGCAAAUUAUUUACGACACCGAUAUUGCGGUUAUUGUUUUCAAACUACGUCUGGGGCCUAAUAAAUGUGUGGCUGAGGCGGGCACUGGCAGUGGGAGUCUAACACACUCAUUAGCUAGAGCAGUUUCCCCGAAUGGUGUCGUUUUCACCUUCGACUUCCACAAGGAUCGCUGCCUGGAGGCACGGCGUGAGUUCCGAGACAAUGGGCUCGGGCCAAGACUCGUAUCCAGCCAUUGGCGAGACGUGUGUGCUGUCAACACCGGCGCGCCCGAUAUUGACCUUGAUCAUCUAGAUGAGGAAUGGGAUGUUGAGAGUAUGGAGAAACCCCUAUGCGGGUUUGGACUCCCGUCCCGUUCCGUUGACGCCGUCUUUCUUGACGUACCAGCACCAUGGGAGUCCAUCGAAAAUGUUCGGCAUGUGCUCAAACCAAAUGGUAUGUUGUGCACCUUCUCACCUUGUAUCGAGCAGACGCAGCGCACCGCCUCCAAACUACGCGAGCCUCCACAGGACUUCGUUGAUGUGCACACCGUGGAGGCCCUCACAAAGUUCUAUGAGCCGAUCUACAAGCGCGCCAGGGUGGCUGGGGACCGUGAAGGUCUGCGAUUUCGUCCCGCUUUGGUGUCCAAGGGGCACAGCUCGUACCUGACCUUUGCCCGACGGCGUCUUGAGCCUCUGGAGGGCGACCGCAGCUCCGCCGUAGGGGAUGGAGAGGAGGGCAAGAACGGGGGCCGGGAUGAGAGCCCGACGGACGCCGGGGAGGAGGACUGA